AUGGCUUCUCGGAUUAACUGCAAAUAUUUCGCAAUCGUCGGUGUGUUUUUAGUCGGCGCAUACGGCAGUUUUGUACCAACGAAUGUACCGGAAGGAUCAUCUCCCGAAUGGUCAUGCACCUGUUGUCAAGGUCAAGCGGGUCAUCCAGGAAUACCCGGCGUCCCUGGCGUCAACGGUCCCCCAGGACCAAUAGGCCCAAAAGGUGACCCUGGGUUCGGACUCCCGGGACCCAAGGGAGGGUUUGGCGACCAGGGACAGAAGGGAGAUCAAGGCAAGUCAGGGAUCCGUGGAGCUCCCGGGAAACUUGGGCCUGCGGGACCCAAAGGUGAUCAAGGCUUGACUGGAGUCCGAGGACAAUCUGGAUCUCCGGGCCUGCGAGGUUCAACUGGAAGGAAAGGAGAGCAGGGGGAAACGGGGUCAACAUCGGCAUCUGUCGUCGCAUUUAGUGCCUCCUUGGGAUCCACAUUUAUCGGUACUACCGGCCGCGAUACCAUUGUAUUUGGCGUAGUUGAAGCGAACGUUGGAGCCGGAUACAACGCCCAAACGGGUGUUUUCACCUGUUCGAUCCCGGGUGUGUAUUACUUCACGGUCAGCCUCAUGAGUCUGAGUUAUUCAACAAGGCCUCGGGUAAAACUGCAAAAGAAUGGGAAUUCUUCUCUGUUAGGGGUGUACGACAAUCAUCCGGGUUACCACCACCAGCCCAGCAAUUCAGUUGUCACUGUCUUAGCAGCGGGCGAUACGGUCUGGCUCGAGACCAGCAGCGCCAGUGCAAGUAUUGAUGGAGUUGUUGUUGUCACUGUGCUUGUAAAACAAAAAAGACCAUCAGGACUUAUUUCAGUGAUGUUGUUGCUGUGGCUUUCAAAUUGCCAUUGUAUCGCCCAGGAAGAACCCAAAGGCUUAUCCGGUUGCUGCAGUGCUUGCUUCCAAGGACAGGCCGGAACACCAGGUGUCCCUGGAAUCCCAGGAAAUCCAGGUGGAAUUGGGGUUCAAGGACCUCUUGGCCCCAAAGGUGACCCUGGAUUUGGCCUCACUGGACCCAAGGGAGAGACCGGCGACCAGGGACAGAAGGGAGAAACCGGCGACCAGGGACAGAAUGGAGAUCAAGGCGAACCUGGGUUACAGGGAACUCCAGGGAAACAGGGACCUGCGGGUCCCAAGGGAGGCAUUGGUAAGGGACAGAAAGGUGACCAAGGGGAGCACGGGGUCCAGGGUUUGCCUGGCGAGCAGGGCAUAAAGGGCCAACCAGGAGAUGCUACCAUAGUGACACCAACACCGCCCUCUGCCGUCGCAUUCAGCGCUUACCGCACUGCAAGGGUCACCGGUGAUGCCGGUGACGUCAUCAUCUUUGACAAUAUCGAGACGAAUCUAGGAGAUGGGUACGAUUCGGGAACUGGCGUGUUUACAUGUUCAAUUACCGGUGCCUACUUUUUCACGACUAGUGUGCACAGGAUCUAUUCAUCGACACACCCUCACCUAAUACUGAGAAAAAACGAUGAAAAGAUCUUUGCGAUCUAUGAUUCAGAUUCCAACAGUUACCAGCAAUCAAGCAAUUCAGCGAUCCUUUCCUUGACUUCGGGAGACAGGGUCUGGUUGGAGUUUGGCAGUAGUGGUAGAGGGAUUUACAGCGAAUCGGGAAACAAGUACUCUUACUUCUCCGGAUUUCUAAUCUAUGCAAAUAUGGAAAUCUCUGACCCAUUUCGGACGUCGGACCGACGUCGUACGCCCACGGGCGACGUCGCCGACCUUUGCCGACGUCGGAUCGACGUAUGCUUGCUGUCUGGGAAGGGAUCAAGUUGCUGCGGUGCUUGCUUCCAAGGCCCGGCCGGAACACCAGGCGUCCCUGGAAUCCCAGGAAAUCCAGGUGGAUUUGGGGUUCAAGGACCUCUUGGCCCCAAAGGUGACCCUGGAUUUGGCCUCACCGGACCAAAGGGAGAAACCGGCGACCAGGGACGGAAGGGAGAUCGAGGCGAUCCAGGGACGCGGGGACCUCUGGGAAAGCAGGGACCUGCGGGUCGCAAGGGAGACAUCGGUGAGGGGCAGAAAGGUGACCAGGGGGAGCAAGGGGUCCAGGGUCUGCCUGGUGAAAGGGGGCAAAAGGGCCAGCCAGGAGAUGCUACCCUUGUGACAAAAACACCGCCCUCUGCCGUCGCAUUCAGCGUGUACCGCACUUCAAGUAUCUCGAGUAGUAGUAGUGGUGACAAUAUCAUCUUUGAUAACAUCGAGACAAAUCUGGGCGAUGGGUACGAUUCGCAAUCGGGCGUGUUCACGUGCUCCGUUUCUGGUGCCUAUUUUUUUACCGCAAGCUUUUUGAGGUAUUCGUCUACGCCCUAUGUAAAGCUGAAAAAGAACAGUCAACUUGUAUUUUCAAUUUAUGACGGUCAGUCUAACGUACACCAUCAGUCCAGCAAUUCAGCAAUUGUCGUUUUGGCGACUGGAGAUCGAGUCUGGCUUGAGUUUGCCGGAAGUAACAGUGGUAUUCAUUGCGAAUCUAGCAAUCGUUAUUGCUGUUUUUCUGGUUUCUUGAUCAGUGCAUUUUAG